AACUCGAGGAUUGUAGCGCGCCCGCGUAGCCGCGUAGCCAGUGCCGCCGCGACGUCGUACAGCGUCAGACGUGUAGCGCUACGCCGCUACGCCGCUACUACGAGCCAGCCAUACAUUCGGGCCAAGUCGGAACCGGCUCGCUCCGACUUAGUGUUGUGACUAAACUGUGACCGUGUCUGUGUUUUAUUCUCGUGUUCCGUUAAUGUUUUCCCAAUAAUUGAUUUGUUUUACAGAUAUCAAUCUACGUCAACAAAAUGCAGUGAAACAAUGUACCAUCAGUCUACAGAAACACAUUCAAAGCGGACUGAAUGACGUCAUCGUAACAGAGUAUGAGGUGAUAGUACAAGUGACAUUUCCAAGAUGGCGAUGGUAAUUUCGCAGACGACGAAAGCUGCUAUUGGUGGGUUCCUGGCUCUGAUGAUUCUGGGGGCAGUUCUUGUUGUUGGUGCUGCUGUUGGGUGGUUUGAUCCUAGAAGAGAAGAUGAGGAUACUCCUGCUAAAGUCAGUGCUAGACUUCAAGGGAGAACUUCUUUUGUUACACAUCGUGCUGUAAACCCAGAUGAGAACAGACUGGCUGUCGUGUCACACACAUCGCCGUUUUUCACUGGCGAUAAAGGAGAGAAAGGAGAUAAUACAUUGGGGCCAGGACAAUGCAGAUGUAGUUUGAAUGACAUCUCUCAGAUUUUGGAAGUGAUGCCAGAACUAAAAGGUCCACCAGGUCCGCAGGGAGCUACUGGAGCUGACGGAACCACUGGUGCUCCUGGGAAAACGGGACAAAUGGGUGAGUCGGGCCCGCCUGGGCCUGUGGGGCCAAAAGGAGAUAGAGGAGAGAGGGGCGAGACUGGUGCACCAGGUCCUGAAGGGCUAACGGGGCCUAAAGGGGAUCCUGGUUCAGAUGGAGCACCUGGUCUACAAGGACCACCUGGCCCACCGGGCCCACCUGCACCUAUAACGUCAGCAUUAAUAGAAUCAACGGGAUUAUACGGGUCCAGUAAUCCAGGGAUACUUGGAGAGAGGGGUCCAAUGGGCCUCCCGGGUCCUCAAGGAGAAAGAGGAUAUCAAGGGAAUAAGGGCGAGAGAGGAUUACAUGGCCCUAAGGGCGACAAAGGAGAAAGGGGCUACGUCGGCCUGAGAGGGCCACAUGGCGCGAAGGGAGAGCGAGGCCAACCCGGGCGCGAUGGCACGCCGGGCCUGCCGGGCCCUCACGGGCGCCCUGCCGAAAAAGGCGAAAAAGGUGCUCGCGGUCUCCCCGGCCCGCCAGGACCAGCCGUCCCAGUUCUAUCUGAAAACGCUAUAUCAACUGACGUCACGCGCACAGAAGCGGCGCUCUUGAAAGGCGGAAAGGGCGAUAGAGGGGAGAAAGGAGACAAGGGUGAAAAAGGUCUUCGAGGGAUGGAAGGUCCCCAAGGCUUUCCGGGGACAGAUGGCAAGCCAGGGGAACGUGGUGAUAUUGGACCAUCUGGUUUACCUGGAACACAAGGUCCUCAGGGUCUUAAUGGGCCAAAAGGAGACAAAGGAGACGCUGGUCCACCAGGACCUGUUGCGAUAUCAAGAGAUGAAGCGUUGGUACUGACGAAGGGAGAUAAAGGUGAUACAGGACCGAGAGGUAAACGUGGACAUCCAGGUCCACCUGGGCCUAGGGGACCACCUGGUCUUCCAGGGCCACCAGGGACCCCAGGCAGUAAUGGAAGACUUGGAGAUAUAGGGCUGCCAGGAUGGACGGGCGCGCCCGGGGCCGUCGGCCAGCCAGGCGCACCCGGCCCGAAAGGUGAAAAAGGAGACCCUGGCGGAACCCCACUUGACUUAGAAAAGGUGAAAGGUGAGAAAGGUGAUCGAGGGUAUGAUGGGGCGCCUGGUCCGCCGGGAAAGGAGGGGCCCAGAGGUCCACCAGGGCCGCCAGGGGCCCCGGCAACUAAUAUCCAAUACAUGACCGUCCCUGGCCCCCCGGGACCUCCGGGGCCACCGGGACCGCCCGGCGUGUAUCCAAAUGAAAUGCCAGAUACAUUGACCGAUAGCCCUGGAAUUAAUCGUCACGAACCUUCCGGAGGAAAACAACGGGAUCCUCUACAAAUUAUAAGAAACUUGAACCAUCUGGUACAAUACCGCCAGGAGCAAUACGCGUUCAGAGAUCCGUUGGACCCUCUAGGAGAUUCGGGGGAUUUUGAGGAUGAUGAAGAUGGAAGAGCCAUAGUUGGAACUAUUUUGUUCAAGACUACAGAUUCUUUGAUUCGGCUCGGAACAAGCAGCCCACUAGGCACUUUGGCGUAUGUCAUUCAAGAGCAAGCGUUGCUAGUCCGGGUCAACAACGGCUGGCAGUAUGUAGCGAUGGGGUCUUUGUUGGCUAUACAUACCCCGCCAGCUGGAGGACCCACUCGAUCGCCUUUGCAGAACAUUCUAGAGACUUCGAGUUUAGUACAUCAUAAGAAUCCUGCUAUAGAGGGGCCUGUGUUACGCCUGGCUGCUCUGAAUGAGCCUCAUACAGGGGAUAUGCAUGGAGUUAGCAGUAGUAAUUAUGAGUGCAGAAGACAAUCCUUAAGGGCCAACAUGGAUGGCACUUUUAGAGCCUUUAUAUCGUCUAGGGUUCAAACAAUAGAUUCUAUCGUAAGUUGGGUAGAUAGAGAGAUCCCAGUAGUGAAUACGAGAGGCGAUGUGCUGUUCAAUUCUUGGGGCGAGAUGUUUGAUGGGUCAGGAGCCCUCUUCGCCCACGCUCCCAGGAUCUACAGCUUUAGUGGGCAGAAUGUGCUGAUGGAUCCUGGAUGGCCUACUAAAGCGGUGUGGCAUGGCGCUAACCCGAAUGGUGAGCCAGCAAUGGAUGCGUACUGCGAUGCUUGGCACAGCAGUAGUCCAGACAAGUUUGGGCUCGCAUCUUCGCUUCGUUCCAAUAAGCUUUUAGACCAAGAAACAUAUUCAUGCAGUAGUAGAUUAAUAGUUUUAUGCGUGGAAGCAACGCCUGUAGAUACAGUAAGAAGAAAAAAACGAUCGAAGUACCACAACGCCUCAGAGAAAAUGCAAUUUUUAAAUGACAUUGAAGAAAGAAACGAAACUAGGCGAAAGUUAUAGACAUUGAAUAGCUAUUGAUAUUAGAGUUUAAGUAAAAAAAAAAUGUGAAGACUGUAAAUAAUUGUAUGUAGAUAAAACGUUCUCGUAAAGCAAUGAUUCCGGUGGAACAUAUCGACAAUAUUAUCAUCUCAAGUUAAAUAAAUGACGCAUUUUCAUUUAUAUUAAACUCUUCUUAAGCUGCAGCCACACUAGUGUGGAACCAUGGCGAUUUUUAACCGCGCAAUUUUGUAACGAGAACCCGAGUACAAGUCAUCGCACUUACUAUUUUGUCACGGGCCUAAUUGUCAUACACUAAAAUGUUCCGCGGUUAAAAACCGCCACAGUUCUGCUGUAGUACUACUAGGGCCUUAUUUGUUGUAUGAUGAGUUAUAAGCAUGUAGUAAGUACAAAGAGACAGUGACACAAAACAUCGGCCCUGUCCAAUGACAUUAUAAGUAAAAAGGUGUAGAUGAGUAGUUAUAAGUGCUCAGAGAGUGGCACAUAAAUAUGUAGACAAGUGGCAACAUUUUUGUAACUAGUAUCGGAUUGCUAGAUGGAAAAUAGAGAGAGGCGCUCCCUGUAAAGUGUCUUGCAUUAUGUUAAAGGUAAAUCGAGUUAUGACAUCUCCUCUUUGUAUUUGCUUCGUGAUUAUAAGCCUUUUAUAAUUUAAAAAUUGUAAUAUAGACUUUGUAUUGUUUUUCUACGUGUAAACAUAUUUAUUAGAAUCCAUUUUAUAACAUUAAAUGAUUUGAAUCGCGACUCGGUUCUACUCUACACUGCCAUUAUACACCAACUAAUAAAUGGGACUUGUAGGUAUUAUUAGCCAGUUAGCUUUAUCAGAUUUUUGACUUGUGAAACUAGCCCUUAAGUUAACAAUGAAAUAAAGUAAAGAAUAGCAUAUCAAGUGAAAGCAAUUACAUGAUUGACAAACUAUUUUGACAAUCCGUUUAAUUGACAGUUAAUUUUUGUGUUGCCAGGAUUGCUACUAUAACUCAACUAUUAGUUUUACCUGUGCCAAAUUCAUAAAAUAUUGUGUGAGAUUUAAUUAAAAUAAUUUUAUUUUUAUUCAUAUUAGUAUUUUAAAUUGUGCAAUCUAUGUUUCUGUUAUAUAAAAGCUUGGAAUUAGUUUUGUGUUCAAUGCAAUUAUUAUUUAAUGUGUUGUUUGAAAGAGACACAUUUUAUGUAAAAUUCAUCUAUCUAGUAUCAUACGAUGAUUUAAUUUGGAAACUCUAAAACGUAACUGUAAAAUAUUAUUAAAACUCUGUUAAAGUUUUUAUUAAAAAACAAUAUAAUAAACAUUGUAUUAUACGUAGUAUGCUAUAAAAUAUUAUGUAACAAUUUCUACACGAGGUUUUCGCUGAAGUAAAAUUCUUAACAAAACUUUCAAUAGCUCUGAAAUUCUUUCUACAGAAUCUACAGAAACUAAAAAAGGGUCUGUUUUUACUGAAGUCACAUUUUCUUUAUAGAUUUUUAUCGAAGUGAGAAAACAAUCAAAUUAUGAUUAUAUUCUAAGUUAACGAAGAUUAAGUGACAAUUUAUUCAUUGACUAAAAAAUUUUUUUUAAUAUAAUGGAUUAAAAACUUCUGUGAAUAUUUUAAGUAUUGUAUUAACAUUAUUCGUUUUAAAAAUAGUUGCGUCACUUUACUUGUAGUUUUCAAAAAAACAUACUUUAGAUUUGUAAAUAACAGGCUAUGUAAACAAAUUCCUCCAUAAUAAAUAAAUAACUGUAAAUAAAUCAUAAUUUUUGUGAAUUAUUUUAUUAUUAAAAUUACAUUUCGAUACUAUAUUAUGUUAUUGAUUUAACUAAAUUAGAGGUGAAACUGUAUUCAAUUAAUAAAUCAAUUAUUCAAUGUUAUUAUAAUUUCAAACCUAAAUAUUUGAAUAUCGGCCUCCUUAAAAGCCUAAUUUAUCAAAUAUUAAUUAUAUGUAAUUUAAAUGAAAUGUUAAUAUAAUGAAUAGCUAAAAUUAGUGUUGUAUCUUCUCUGUAUAUAUUUUUUGUAUAUUAAUGUUAGGGCUGUUCUCGUACUAUGCAAUUUGGAGAUUUGUAAAUAUAAUUAUAGAUAAAUAUAAUCCCUAAGAUCCGUCCGUCAUUCCAAUCGACAUUGACGUGAUAACACUAUCCUAAUAUCUUCUUAUAAAUUCCUAUAGUAGUAGAUAUUUACGAAACCAAUAUUGGACCUAAAAGGCAUCCCUAAACCACAUAUCAUUUCUAUCCAAUAUUUUGUACAAAUAAGGUUUAUUUUUCUUUAGGAUGCCAUCGCCAACGAUAAACGAACAUAGUGCGAGAACAACCUUUCUGUGAUAAGUCAUUAUAAAUAAAUGUCAACUCUAUUAUUUAGCUGAUAAAGUUUCAUUUACUUAAUUUCAUAGACGCAUCAAAUUGUAAGGUGUGAAGUAAAUAACUAAUAUUAUUAAGAACCUUGUAAUUUUUCAUUGUUAAAACGAACGAAUGCUAGGUAAAGUUUUAUUGUACUUAAUAAGUACAGAUUGUUUUGAAAAUAAAAGGAAAAGUUUUUUAUA